AUGGCUGUGAAGUGGACGGGCGGGCACUCCUCCUCCAUCCUGUGCCUGCAGGUGAGCACGGAGGGGCUGGUGGCGUCGGGCGCAGAGCGAGGAGAGCUGGCCCUGUGGGAUGGAGGUGGCACAGCUCCAGUGGCUCAGCUCCAGCUGCCCGCGGACGACGACGUCUCCUCCGUGCUGUUCUCCACGCGCUGCCCCACCAUGCUGUUCGCUGCCCACGGCCAGAGCAUUGCCCUGCUGGAUGUCAGGGCCCUCAAGGAGCCCCUGGAGCACUUCCACCUCAACGAUGAGGAGAUCAACUGCCUGUCGCUGAACCACACCGACACUCUCCUGGCCGCGGCCGAUGACUCGGGGGCAAUCAAGGUGGUGGACUUGGAAAGCAAGAGGGUCAGCCGCUCCCUGAGGCACUCCAACAUCUGCUCCUCUGUGGCUUUCCGCCCCCAGCGGCCCCACAGCCUGGUUUCCUGCGGGCUGGACAUGCAGGUUAUGCUGUGGAACCUGCAGAAAGCUCGCCCCUUGUGGACCACAAAUCUGCAGGAGUGUGGCCAGGAGGAAGAGAGCCCCCAGGCUGCUGGGCAGUUCUUCAACCCCCCGCUGGCACAUUCCCUAUCCGUUGCCUCCUGUGGGAACAUCUUUGGCUGUGGAGCUCAGGAUGGCAAAGUGAGAAUAUUCCGAGUCACCGGUGCGAAGUUUGAACGUGAGCUGGAGUUCCAAGGACACAGCCUGGGUGUCUCCCAGGUCCUCUUUCUGCCAGAGACCUACUGGCUGUUGUCUGGAGGGAACGACGGGAAGGUCUUGCUCUGGGAUGUCAGCAGUGACGUUGGAAAGCAGCAGAAGAGCCCAGCAAAAUCUCUGCAGAGGAGGAAGGCCCAAGCACCUGCUUCCAGCAUAAAAGAUGGGAAGCCCAACAAAACGGCCUCAAAUGAAGAGGCUGGAGUUGUGCCAAAGCUCAGCAUAGAGCACGGAGAUAAGGUGAACUGGCUCUCGUGUGCACAGAUCAAAGGCUCCAGGAGAGUGUUAGUGGCUGACCAGAGCAGCUCUGUGUCACUGUAUCCACUGCCAGAGCUGUAG